AUGGCCGGCAGCCCAGGCUAUUCCAAGGAACAGUGGAAGAAGGACGCGGUUUUCAUUGUAGCACUACACGAGGACAUCGAGGAUGGAGGGUUCCCACACCUCGCCGAAUUACUUACACCUGCGGACCUGAGACAAGCGAAGUCUCUAUGCCGGAACCUGGAACCAGCGACUCUGUCAGACAUGAAGGACUUAGCUAUUCGAGCCUUAGGCUUUCUAGCUACGCUAGCUAUAUCAUCAGCAGAUACCUUUGUUCAAUUUAUGGCUAGAUUUAAAGCUGGCCCCCCUGACGAGGAGAUCAAUCAGCGGAAUACUCGCCAGUUCCGAAGAGCUGCAGAUGGGCACCCUGAAGACGGUGAUGACGAUAAUGAUUCGGAUCCGCCUUCACACUCGUCAGCUCGGAACCGAGGUGGAAGCACAAGAUCACAUAGGGUUAACGACUACUACCGCCGUCUCCGAGCUACAGAUGUGGGUCUUUUCGACGGUUCCAAUAUGCCUGUCACCAGCUACAUUGCUAUCUUGAAUAUGUUGGUCGCUCAGUACGGCGAAGAGGCGGUUACAGAAGUUCUUCCCUUAUGUAUGAAGGAAGAAGCUGGUAUUUGGCUCGGAACAUUGGCACCAGAGGUUAUAAGCUUGAUGACCAAUAGCAUCGACGAAUGGAAGGUUCAACUCUUACGCCAGUUCCACAUAAACGCAAGCGAGGCUGUUCGGAAAGCCGACGCCCUGAAACACUCUUUUAAGGCUGAGAAGGAACUCCCUCUACGUAAGUUCCUCGAUCAAAAAUACUCGCUGUAUAUUGAAGCUGGCGAGACUAAUCAAGAUUUGAUCGUUCGCCGCAUGCACCAGGCUCUGGAUCCUAGCCUUGCAGCAGGGGUACCACUUAAGGACGGGUUCAACACAGUCAACGAGUUCCGCGCUAAGGUAGCUAAUAUCGAGAACUAA